UUGGCCAGACGGCUGGUGUGGAAGGAUCUUCUGAACAUCGUGGGAUGUGUGUUGUGCGGUGUGUGUGUGUGUGCGUGUGCGUGUGUGUGUGCCUUCGCUGUGCCUGCUGCAGUGCUGCUCCUACAAUUCUCUCAAGAAGAACACAACAACAGCUGAGCAUGAGAAUACGCAGCAGAGGCUCCCGACACGUAUUUCAAGCACCUCAGAUAGUGCCCUCCCGCCCUCCGUAACGGGGCCCACCACCCCACAAACUCUCGG